ACUUCAGUGUGCAGCAUUGUUCAUCUUCUUCAAUCAAAUUUAGCGCAGAAAUUGCAAAAAUGGGAAGAGAGAUGACCAAUCAGAAGCCGCAGUCGGAGAUGUCUUACACCGUCGAGCAGCUCGUUUCCGUCAAUCCCUACAACCCCGACAUCCUUCCCGAUCUCGAGAACUACGUCAACGAGCAAGUUUCGUCGCAAACCUACAGUUCGAAUGCGAAUCUGUGCCUUCUGCGUCUCUACCAGUUUGAGCCAGAGCGGAUGAGUACUCAGAUAGUUGCUCGCAUUUUGAUUAAGGCACUGAUGGCAAUGCCGGCCCCGGAUUUCAGUCUCUGCCUCUUCCUAAUUCCUGAGAGAGUGCAAAUGGAAGAUCAAUUUAAGACUCUCAUCGUUCUCUCGCACUACUUGGAGACUGCCCGAUUUCGUCAGUUUUGGGAUGAAGCUGCUAAGAACUGUCAUAUAUUGGAGGUCGUACCAGGUUUUGAGCAAGCAAUCCAAGCAUAUGCAAUCCACGUCCUUUCAAUAACUUAUCAAAAAGUUCCCAGAACAGUUCUUGCCGAGGCCAUCAACAUCGAAGGUCUGGUCUUAGACAAGUUCAUUGAGCACCACAUCACUAACUCCGGUUGGUCUAUAGAGAAGAAUCAGAACAAGGGUCAACUUAUCAUCUUUCCUCACAAUGAGUUUAACGAUCCAGAGCUUAAGAAGAGUGCUGCAGAUGGGAUUCCUUUGGAGAAUAUCACCCGUAUUCUUCCCAUUCUCGGCUAAUCUCUGCUGUGGAGGGGCACAAUUUGGAAGUGAUCGUUCUUCUGAAGAGAUGCGUGAUUUUCUUGCCAAAACACUAUUUUUGAAUCUAAUAUGGAACUAUAGUGCUUUCAUUAAAGAAGACCUAUUUGAUCUAUUUUCAGCUGUAGCAUAUUAUUAUCAUGUACGAGGAUUAAAUGCAAAAUCUUGUUAUUUGACUGUAA